AUGAAAAAGGUUAAUGAACUCAACACUAGUGAAAUAAAUAAAAGAUUUUCUGAACGUUCAUGGAGCAAAAAAAAAGAUCCCGAAUCAAAGGAAUAUAUCUCUAAACCUGAAAGCUCCGUCGAGGUCAAGGAUAGUAUCCGCGUCGUGAUUGGAUUCGACUUUGGUACGACCUACUCUGGAUUCGCGUAUUGUCAUGUUACGGAAGAGACAAAUCUAUGUUCAAACGAUUUAUGGCAUGGAGAAGUGGGCCAAUUAAAAACCAACACAGUUCUUCAAUAUGAUGACAAAUACAAACAAGUAAAAUUAUGGGGUGCUCCAGCUUUAGCCAAAAAGCCAAAUCGUCGAGAUACAAAUAGGAAAGAAAAUAAACCCGUCGAAUUGUUCAAGUUGCAUCUAGGAGAUAUAUUAGAUAAUUUUAAACCGAACCUUCCGAUUGAUUACAAGAAAGCGAUUACCGAUUAUUUUAGAGAAAUUGGAAAAGUAAUUAAAGACACGGUUACUACACGAUGGCCAAAAAUCGAUUACUUUAAACACGUUCUUUUGGUUCUUACCGUUCCUGCAGAAUUUUCCGAAAAGUCAAAAGCAAUUAUGAGAAUUUGCGCGUAUAAUGCAGGAUUGAUCAAAGAGGAAUGUUCGACGAACCUGCAAUUCACUACGGAACUUAAUUUCAUGAUAGUUGACUGUGGCGGUGGCACAGUUGAUUUGACGACGCGUAAAUUAAUAAACGAUAAACAAUUGGGAGAGGUAACCGAAAGAGCCGGUGAUUUUUGCGGAAGCACUUUCGUUGAUGAUGAAUUUCUUAAAUACUUGCGAAAAAUAGUCGGAGACAAACCUAUGGAUUCAUUCAAAGAGAAACAUUACGGACAAAUGCAAUAUCUGAUUCAACAAUUUUGUAAAUCUGGCAAACUUCCUUUUACGGGAGAUGAUCCAAGUUUCCUAUACGAGUUGGAUAUUCAGGAUACUGUGCCUGAAUUAAAACAAUAUAUUACUGACGAGAAUAUCAGAAAAACUUUAGACAAUGCCGACUGGAUAGUUGAAAUUGAUUUAGAAACCAUGAAAUUGAUAUUCGAGCCUGUCGUCCAAAAUAUACUUCGUAUGAUAAAAGCUCAACUUGAUAACGCUCAAGAAACUUGCUCAGCAAUGUUCUUAGUUGGGGGGUUUAGUGAAUCCAAAUAUUUACAAAAAAGAAUUAAAGAAGAAUUUCUUCAUCGAGUAAAUAAUAUUUCGGUCCCUAUUCAACCUAUGGCAGCAAUCGCACGUGGAGCAGCAAUUUAUGGAUUAUCUAUAAGAUCAAAUAACCUGAAUAAUUUAGGGAAUGAUGAUAAUUUGAAAUGUAUAAUUUCUUCAAGGAUCCUUAAAUAUACUUAUGGAAUUAAAGUAAGAUCUGUAUGGAAAAACGGCGAUCCCAUAAGCAGAAAGACCCAUGGUGGAUAUAUUGAAAAGUACGAUUGCUUGGCUAAACGUGGUACUAAAAUGGAAGUCAAUAAUGAAGUUACGAGGACUUAUCAUCCAUGUUAUGCUGAUCAAACAGAAAUACUUUAUAGCGUAUAUUAUACUCGAGAGUAUGAUGGGGUAUACUGUGAUGAUCCUGGUAUGAAACUUAUAGGCGAACUUCAAAUUGAUCUUCCUGGUUCAGGUCUUGAUAGACCUGUAUUAUUUGGGUUAACUUUUGGACAAAUGGAAAUUAUUGCUAAUUCAAAGAACAAACUGACUGGACAAAGCUAUAGAACCACUUUUAAGUUUAGCUUGGAUGAUUAG